UGUUGCACUGUUGCGUUUUGCAUCUCUCUACAAUACAGAUUCACUUUCACUCCAAAAUCUUCUUCCCCUUCAUUCUUCAAACUCAACGCACCAUAAGAUGUUCAAAAAAUUUUCAACUGAAGAGGUAUCUGCACAGAAUCAAGUGAAGGCUUCUGUUCAACGAAGAAUACGCCAAAGUAUUGCAGAAGAGUACCCUGGACUUGAACCGGUGUUGGAUGAUAUACUUCCAAAGAAGUCCCCUCUUAUAGUUGCUAAAUGUCAGAACCAUCUCAAUCUGGUUGUGGUGAACAAUGUGCCAUUGUUUUUUAAUGUUCGUGAUGGCCCGUAUAUGCCAACUUUGCGACUUCUCCAUCAAUAUCCAGAUAUAAUGAAGAAAUUACAAGUUGACCGUGGUGCAAUACGAUUUGUUUUGGCGGGUGCGAACAUAAUGUGUCCUGGUCUUACAUCUCCUGGGGGUGUUUUGGAUGAGGAAGUGGGGGCAGAAUGUCCUGUGGCCAUCAUGGCAGAAGGAAAACAGCAUGCCCUUGCCAUUGGAUUUACAAAGAUGUCAGCAAAAGACAUAAAAGCGAUCAACAAGGGAAUUGGGAUUGACAACUUGCAUUACCUCAAUGAUGGUCUUUGGAAGAUGGAGCGAUUUGAUUGAAGAUGUUGCCACUUGCAAGAGCUGCAAUGCCAACUUAGGGAUGCAGUCCUGUUUUCUGGAACUUGAUCCAGAUUUUAGGGAUCAUAAGCGAACCUGGUUGUUUAUUUAAUUAUACCCAUGUAAACAGUAAAGAAAAGAAUUUUGGUACAAAAAUUGCUCUCUUAUAUAUUUAUGUAGAUUUUAUGUAACUUGUGGAAUACGCCGUGGGUGUUGUUGACAAAUACAAAGUUUUGUUCAGUUUUGUGCUCCUAUCUAAUAUUGGAACGGCGCUCAUUCGAUCUUUCUUC